AUGGCUGAUGGGCAGGAUUAUUGGCCAAGGGAAGUCCAUUUGGGUUCUGAUCCAAAAUGGACAAACACUCUGAAAAAUAUAAAAGAAGAUUGCUCAUUUAUUUCAAUUUAUACACAUUUAUGGGAAAAUGUCCCUCGACUAUUUGAAGCAGUCAGUGCCAUGGAGUCAGGAUUAGAGAAAUGUUCACUUCUUUUAAAAGACCAUGCCUCCAAAUUAUUUGAGUGGGACACCACAAUUUGUAACACAGUUUCUUACGGAGGACUGGAAAAACACAAGAAAUUUCUAAUGAAGUACUAUAAGAAAAAGAAGAUAAUGCUUUCAGAUGAUAUGGAGACGAAGAAGAAUAUAGAGGGCUGCGACUUCUCAGGAUUCAAAGCAAGUGAACUUACCCAACUACCUAGACAUUUGGAUGCAGAACAAAUUUAUCUUUAUAUUUUAAAAGCCCAUAACUUUGAUGACAAAAUUUUCAACAUCUGGAGGACUCACUUUCUCUCAGAAGCUUCUAUUGCUCUUUUGCAUGAUUCCUUUUGGUGGUGGUUUCUCUAUAAAUUUAAGCCUGACAGAGAAAAUCAAGAUUCCUUGUUUGAUAGGAUUUCGGAAAGUUUUGUGGCACUUUUCAUGAGCGUUCCACUAAAUCGGAAGGAUGCAUUCUUACAGAUAUAUCCUGAUUGUUUGGCGCAAGCUAUCUAUGCAACAUUUCAGGAAGCAUUUCCAGAAUCCAGUAACCUAUUUAAUGAUGAAUUUAAAGAAGAUUUAGGGAAUAACAUUUUUCUUUGGUUGUCAGGUUUAAAACCUCAAAAAGGCUUUUGGACCCACUGGAAACUGAAAGGACUCACCACAACAACCAUACAUGGUAGUAAGAAAGCACCUGAAAAAUCUCUAAACGAUAUGAUUGCAAGUAGUCAAGAACGCAUAAUGGCUACAAUAAACUUCGAUAUAACAAAAAUUUUAAAGAACCCUAAAACAUAUGUGAUGGCCACAUCCAAGAAGGAAUCAAGUUUACUAAAGCCAGCAAUGAAGUCCCAUUAUAUUAGCACUGGCCCAGAGUUUAAACGUGUCCUCUUCAAUUUUGGAAGUCAGAGUCCACUGAUUUUAAACUAUCUUAAGAUGCAUGAGCUAGCUGGCAUUCCCAAAACCUCUGUACAAACAAAGAUUAAACUCACUGAGAUAUUCCAAGAACCAUCGCCUGCUCCAACUUAUCGUGAUAUUAUCAAGGAAGCAAAAAAGCAAUUUUCAAAGAACCGAAAGGAUUUUAGGAUACUUCAAGCAAAGCCUAUCAAGAAACCUUUUGAGAUUAAGCACGACUUUGAGAAGUUCCUGAACAAACUGGUAUGUCUCCUUUCUGAAAAACAAUUGAGAUGUCUCUCUCUAGCUUUCUCUUUUAUAGACAAUCCUUAA